AAAAAUUUUUAUUUUGGCACCCACUUGAGUACCUGGCAGGGUGGGGCUGUCCUCUAUGGGGGCAAUGGAGUAUUAGUGAGGGGAUUAUGGCCCUGGCCUGGGGGAUGAGAACAAAGGGGUAUGUGACAGCAACAGGUCACAAAGGGAAGCAGAAGAUAAAUAUGGCUGCACAGGGGGUUUAGGCAGAGAGGGUGGUCACUUCCUGUCACUAGGACUACAGUUUGUAGUCACUCUCAGGGAGAGAGACUACAAACUGUAGUUAAAAAAAUCAGAGGUGGAGGUCAGGGGGUUAGACCCAGAAGAAAACCUCUCUGGAGCCCACCCUGCAUCUCUACGUCUUGGAAGAGUCUGGAGUCCAGGCACCUUACAGCACCUCCCACAGCAAUCUUCAGUGCUCCCACCCCCACCCCGGCCUCUGAGAGGCUCUGAGGCAACAGCGGGGGCCUGUGGGGUGGGGUGGAAUUGAGAGACCAGCUGCAGAGACAUCUUUGUGACCCAGGAGCAUCACUGGUCCCUCAUCUGCCACCGAGGCCAAGGAAGACCCAGAGACCUGCCUCACCAGUGCUGCCGUUGUGCUGAAACACAACCAUGAAUGGUGAUUCUCUGCUGCCGUAUUAUACGGCCCAGAGUGGCUCCAGCAUGAGCAUGUUCAACACCACCAUGGGGAAACUGCAGCGACAACUGUACAAGGGGGAGUAUGAUAUAUUCAAGUAUGCACCGAUAUUUGAGAGCGACUUUAUCCAGAUCACCAAAAGGGGAGAAGUGAUUGAUGUGCACAACCGUGUCCGUAUGGUGACCAUGGGCAUUGCACGCACCAGCCCCAUCCUCCCACUCCCAGAUGUCAUGCUACUGGCGCGACCGGCCACCGGCUGUGAAGAGUAUGCUGGACAUGGCCAGGCCACCAAGAGAAAAAAACGCAAGGCAGCAAAGAACUUAGAGCUCACCAGGCUUCUCCCCCUGAAGUUUGUACGGAUCUCUGUUCAAGACCAUGAGAAACAACAGCUGCGCCUGAAGUUUGCCACUGGCAGAUCUUGCUAUCUGCAAUUGUGUCCCGCUCUCGACACACGGGACGACCUCUUUGCCUAUUGGGAAAAACUAAUUUACCUCUUGCAGCCACCCAUGGAGAGUAACAGCAGUACCUGUGGCAUUCCAGCUGAAGACAUGAUGUGGAUGCCUGUGUUUCGGGAAGACAGGAGGAGCCUGGGAGCCGUGAAUCUUCAAGGAAAGGGGGAUCAGGACCAGGUCAGCAUCCGGAGCCUCCACAUGGUCUCUGAGGUGUGUGGGGCCACCUCUGCUGCUUAUGCUGGAGGGGAGGGACUCCAACAUGACUUUCACAAACCCACUAACAUGCUCAAUGUAUCCAUCCCCAAAACAUCUACAGAGCUUGCUGAGGAGCCAGCAACAGGGGCAAUUAAAGAGGCAGCAGCAGCAGGGGCAGCAGCAGGGGCAGCUGCAGGGGCAGCAACAGGCACCGUAGCAGGUGUCUUGAGUGUGGCAGCAGCCAAUUCCGCCCCUAGACAGGUGAGCGCAGCCAUAGCUGGGGUGGCCACCAUCGGUGCAGGAGGAAACAAAAGCAACAUGGCCCUUGCAGGCACUGCCAGCAUGGCUCCAAACAGCACGAAGGUGGCUGUGGCAGGGGCUGCAGGCAAGCCCUCAGAGCAUGUUUCCAGCGCAUCCAUGAGCUUUCCCCGAGAGGGCAGCAUGAGCCUGGCCAUUGCAGGAGUAGAACUGACCAGCAGGACAGCUGCAGAAACAGACAUGGACGCAGCAGCGGGACCUCCCGUCUCCACCCGGCAGAGCAAGAGCAGCCUGAGUGGACAGCGUGGAAGGGAGCGAACCCAGGCCAGCGCUGAAGGCUGCAAGGAGGGGAGGGAAAGAAGGGAAAAGUACAGGGCUCUCGGAAGGAGUUCCCAUCGCCUCAGGACAGGUGAAAGCCGCCACAAAACAAGGGGGGACAAGAUCGCCCGAAAGUCCUCCAGCAGGUCCUCAUUCAGCCACAGAGCCAGUAGAGAUGACAAAAAGGAGAAAGGCUGUGGCAGCCCGGGGAGCAGCAGGCACGGGGACUCGCAUAAAGGUGUCAGCCACACGCCCAUCUCAAAGGAGUCCAGGACCUCUCACAAAUCUGGGAGGAGCUUAUCGACCACCAGUUCCGGUUCCAGCAAGGGACUUGGCAGGAUCAGCUCUUUCCUGAGGAACGUCAGAGCCAACCUUACUACAAAAGCAGUGGGCACACCACAUGGCAGAGAUGUGGACAUCAUGGCUAAGAUGGCGGAGAGGAGCACCAACGUGGCCAUCACCGAGACAGCAGAGGGUGGCCAGGGGCUGGAGAUGGUUGGUUCAAAGUGACCUUUGAAGCCCAUUAAAUAAGACCCAGAGCUGGAAGCUGCAAAGGAGCCCAGAGCUCAUGGGAGUGUCCCUGGAGAGCCUAUUCCAGUGUUCUUUACUGCCGUUUAAAUAAAGAAACAUACAUCUGAGAGUGGCUUGCUGGCUGAAUUUUUGUGUCCCACAGCCCAGCAGUGACCUCACAGUGGAUUCUGUGAUGUCAAGUGUGCUGCAGCCUGAGACCCCAGGAUCCAGUCAAGGGGAGCCCCACCUCACACCCAUGCUCAGCAGAGCCCAGAUGAGUGCUCCAGCUUUCCUCAACCCCUUUCUGGCUUUGGCUCGCCAGGACUAUGGCUGAAAGUCAGGCUGGGAGCUUGGAAGCUCUACCUCCACCAUCUCCCCAUCCUUUUUAUAAACUUGCCCCCUCCCAACCCUAGAAAAUCCAAAGACAAAGCAAGAACAGAACUCUUACCCCCUUGCACUAUUCAUAGGAGGGAGUAAGGGAGCAGCAGCAUGUGUUGGCAACCAGAGCAGGGAGGAGCAUUGUCUAGACUUAGCAAUUCCACUCCUAAGUAUACUCCCAAGAAACACACAUGUUGCAGGAGACAGCCAUGAGAAAGUUUAUAGUAAAAUAAUACCGGAAAC